AUGCCAUCCUUCUUUCUGGUGGUGCUCAUCCUCGGCCUGCCCCUCAACCUGAUCUCCCUCUGGGUUUUCUUUCACCGCCUGCGACGUUGGACGCGCAGCACAGUCCUCCUCUUUAACCUGACCCUUGCUGACACCUCCUGGCUUCUGGCCCUACCUUUCCUCAUUCAGUACCAUCUGGACCAGCUAUACUGGAGGUUUGGGCAUCCGCUGUGCAUGGCUGUGAGGAUGCUUUACCACAGCUACUUCUACCUAAGCAUCUUCUUUGUCACCUGCAUCAGUGUGGAUCGAUACCUUGCCAUUGUGCAUCCACUGCGCUCUGCAGUGGUGGUGGGCCGGAGACAGACCUGCAUGCUGUGUUUGACUGUCUGGGCAUCUACUCUGGUUCUCAGCAUACCCGUCGCAUAUAUGAGUCUGAUACAGACCUGCACCACCAGCAACCGCACCAUAUGCGCAUUGUACAUUCUACUGACGGAGACAGGAGAGAGCCUUCCCUACUCCCUCAUUUUCUCUGUGAUUGGUUUCCUCUUCCCACUCCUCGCCAUCUGCUAUUUUGGCGUGCGUAGUGUCAUGCAGCUGCAUCACAAGCAGCACCGGCUCAGGCGGGUGCUGAGCUCAGCGCUGGUCCUCUUUGCCCUGUUUUACCUACCAUACCACAUGAGCCGAAAUGCUGCAAUUGUGAUGCGAGCAGUCUACCCUGACUCCCCGGAAUCAUGGAGGCCUGCUGAUCUGGUGUUUGCCCUGGAGAUGUCCUUCUGCAGCCUCAGCACGUGUGUCAACCCACUUUUCAGCUGCUUUGUGGGUCCACAGUUCAGGAGGGAGUUUCACUCUGCUUUAGCACUGCUGUUUCCACAGCGUGCAGGCAUACAGAUAGUCUCCAUGUUAUCUAAGGGGUCAAGGGUGACUCUCAGGAAAAGGGAGGGAGUGUCCACUGUCAGUCCAGAGUGCACGCUGCCCAGAGAUUUGAGCUGAAAUUUAAAUUAAAGAUGUUGCAGAAACAACUGUGAUGCUCUCAAUUAACUGUUUACGACACAUAAAU